UGUGUGUGUGUGUGAGAGAGAGAGAGAGAGAGAGAGAGAUGGAUGGGGGAGAAGGGUGGAGAAAAAGGAGACUGGAGAGAGAAACAUUAAGUGGGAGGGGGUGGAGUGAGAAACCGAAGGAAGUGUGAGGGAAACUAGUCCCGCUGUCACUUUGUUUUUAUGGCUUACUACUGAUAUUACUGGAGAAUGCAGCAUGACAUAGAUACAGGAACUGUAUCACUGUUUGUUGACUUAUUCUGAAUGGUUCCUUGGAAAAAUGGCUAAUAUUGAUAAGAUGUCCAGAGAGACCAUGAUUGUCCGACACGUCCCUCUGGUUCAUGGUCAGUCUGUGGGUUGUCAUGUUUAUCCCCCAAGUUCGAAACCGACACGGCCCUCCUCUUUGAGUCUGACUCACAGUAUUUCACUGCCUGAAAAGGAAAACCUCCCAAAUGAAGCAUUGAAUGGUAGCUUCCAGGGACGUGCUAUCAAGUCCAACUCCAACGAAAAGGCAGGAAUCUCCGAUCCGGGUUCAGGAUACACAAGAGGAUACAGCUCAACAACUUUUCAUUGUUGUAACCAGUUUGUUUUUAAAUCAGAUUCUGAUGAAAAUUGUGACGCAUAUGUAAAAAACCUGCAGAGGUAUUGCAAAGGGCAAUCAUUUAGCCAGAAUGGAAAUUCAAAUGAGACCAAGAAUAAGCCCCUGAGGUGUGCCACAAAGUCACUUUAUUGCACUCAGUGCACUGUCAGUACCACCACAUGCAAACAUAAUAAGACAAUUUUGGAGCAUUUUGGGACAGUCGGAAGUGACAAACAAGUUCUAUCAGACUUGGGGGUGCAACUUCAAAGGGACAUUGAAGACGCCCCAACAUUCAUGGACUGUAAGGAUCAAAAAUCAGCUGAUGAAAAAGACUGCAGGGGAUAUGCUCCAAAAAUGGAAACUUUGGAGGAACCUGAGUGCUAUAAUUAUGUUCCGAACAUGUAUAACGCCUUUUUAAAUUGCGAAUCUUAUAAUCAAAACCAGACCGAUUACAUCAGUGAUUCUUCAUGCAACAGCUCUGAUGGGGUGCUCGUAAAUUUCAGUGCCAUUUAUAACAAAACUAAUAAUGCGGUCCCGGCUACACCGUAUGGCCUAGACAGUCCUCCCAAGCCGUCCCGAGAAUCAGGGUCUAUGCACCAGGAUGAUGACUUCAAGCUGAUUCCAUGCUGGUCUCUUCAUGAAGUUGAUCCAAAUUGUAACAUCUACCAGACUGACUGUAACGGAUUGUUGUCUCAGGAAAUUUCUGAUCUCACACCCUGUCAAGGUGAGCUGACCGCCUACACUAAUAAUUAUUACAAGCUGGUGAGUUGUGAACUUUCAUCUCAGUCUGCUGCUAGUCCGGCAUGGUCACCUUUGACAAGUUGCUCAGAAGGUCACAGCCAUGGAAGCAUGACACCACCCACAGAAUACUUUCUUUUUGGAAAAGAAGACAGGAAGGUUGCUGAAGUUAACCAAUUGAACCACCAGGAUGAUGAGGACACAGAUAAAAAGGGAAGCAAAAGAAACAGGAAGAUUCAGAGGGAAAUAAACAAAGAAAAGACUUGCAGCAAAAUACAUCCUGACAAAGAUCCAGAACCCAAUAAUCAUGAACAGACCAGUGCUUUACAAAUAUCUCAAAGCUGGAAGAACAAGCUAUGCCAUUCCUUAUCAAAGCAGGAAGGUUUGCGCCGUGUCCUGAGCUGUCCAAGCCAGAUAAGUCCAUCCUCGCAUGUGCUGAAGCAGCAUAAAACCUCAUUUGCAGAGCUCGCCCGCCACAAGAAUACUGAGAGCAGUCUAUCGGUGGUGAAAAACAGCAAGGAAGAUCCUACUUGCUUUCACUUCUUGCAGAACAGUUCAACUGUUUAUAGAAAAGAUAAUUUGGGACAAAAUGUAACCCUGAUAACAAACAAGACUGAGAAGGAAUCUGGACGAUCUAUGGGCUCUAAAACUGGGGUGACUGAAUCAGACCUAGAAAUGGCACACUACACUAAACCCCAGAGACCUACCUCUCUACCCAUCCAACCCUUUGUCCUUCAACCACCAUCCGAAAAGCAAUCCAACAAAGCCCUGGGCUCCCUAAUAAACCAGUAUCAGAGCCACAAACAUGGUGCAUCCGAAAACACUGAUUUGUCCGGAUGUUUAGCACUCUCACCUUUGGACAACUAUUCCUCCAUUCAUCUGGAAGUAGCCUCAUGCUCUGAAACCUGCUCUACCUGUACCCCAACCCCGACUGAGUUUUUCAUUAGGCCCCACUGGGUUCCGCCCAGUCUACUAUUCUUUCAGGUUCCCCAAGUCUUUAAAUACAGAAGCACAAAGACCAAAGAACAUGAUAAGAGCCUCACAGGUGAUAAAGCUUCUCCAAACCUUAAGCAAUGUGCGACUGGCCAGGAAAAGCCCUCUCACAAACCUUUUCCCAAUAAAAAACUACAGAGCUUUUUUCCUGCGCAAGCUGACUCACAUCUGACACCUGACAAAUGUCAAGUACCAGAACCAAGAACACAAGGGGAGCACUUUUUUCCUCAUUACAGCUUGUCUCCAGCCAUUACCUCUGUGACAUUGCUGACUUCUGACACCUCCAAUGUACUUCCUGGUACUGGACGGUGCAACUCAGAUGCUGUGUAUCGAGCCCACACCAACGAGGAGCACAGCACUGGUGCUUUUUACAUCUUGGAACCAAAAAAGCUUUCCUGCUUAUUAGUGAAAGAGCAACAUCAGCAUGGUGACUCAUCCUCUCUGGCAGAUAGACCACCUGAAGAGUUUUGCUCAUCACCAGAUGUCUUCAUGAAAUCUCUUCCUAUUGAUCUGCUGCAGAGUAAAGACAUGUUGAAAUCACUGAGCAAAGCAGUGGAUUUGAUCACAGCCCAUUUCAGCUCUGGCACAGACCCUAAUGAGAAGUUUAGGGUGGGAAACAGCUCGCUGUGCCCAAAAAUCAGUCAACUGGUCCUUGAUCAUCUUUGCCCCGCUUUCCGGAACAUUCUCCAGGACGGGCUGAGACCUUUUAAGCUGGAUUUGAUUGUCGGACAGCGUAGUAAUAAGCCGUGGAGCGUGGUGGAGGCAUCGACGAAGCCAGGACCGUCCACCCGCAUGCUGCACAGUCUGGUCUCGGUGGUUAAAAAGUGCUCAAAGUUGACCAAUCACAGUAUGAGGCUUAAUGCCUUCUUCUUAGGCCUACUGAACUUGUCUGCUUUGGAGAAUUGGUUCUGGCACUUACACACCUGUAUCGAUGUGAUCGCAGAGUACUACCACCCCUGGGCAUUCCUGGCUCUUUCCCAGGAUCCGGCAUUCAAAUCUCACUUUCAGGAACUCCUCCUCCUUCUGCAGCCACUGUCCGAGUUGCCCUUUGACCUCCACUUGCUUUCAGAGUCAAGGCUCCAAAAAAGACAGGAGCAGAACCAGCUAUCCGUCCAACAGUCAAGUUUUUUUGCUCUGUCUGGCUUCUCAUUUUUACAGCCACAUGACAGCCAGAACAGUGAUGGACACCAUGAAAGAGCUAAUCUGGAGAAAAGACAACCAUGCACUCCAUCCCAGACAGAAAUGAGUACAUCAUGUAUCACUACUGUACACAAGUCCCUUCAAGGCCGUGCAGUUAUGGUUUCUGGAAAGUCCAACCGAGACCAGGAGCAGAAACAAGUUUCGGUUGUUUGUUCAGAAAAGAAGCAUGCUGGUUGGUGGCUCAGCCACACACCCAUUACUGAGCAUGUGAUGGAGGCACAUUGGCCUGAUGCUGUUCCUCAUAGAAGUAAUAAUAAGACACUGGUGGAAAAUGUGGACAGCAGUGGGGAAGAGUUCUCAUUGAGGACGGAUGAGGUCCAAAUGGCAAAGGAGCUGCGCUGGGCACGAUUGUUCGGUUCUGGGAUCACAAUGGGAGUGGAAAAGACACAACAUGGCAUCAAGCCAAACCAGAGAAUGAGAACGCCUUCACAGUGGCUUCACCUCGGAGCAUCAAAAGUGGACCAGUUGGCCCAGUCCAUGUGUAGCAGAGAGACCUUAUGUCAACUGCAACAAUGGUGCAAACUCAAGCAUUGAAAACAUUCAUGGAUAAGAAGUGGAAAGAAAAGCACAAUUAACUACAAGCACAACUUACAGUACAGCAGAAUAUUCUGCUUCUUUAGUUUUACAACAUCUAUGUUAUGUGGUCAGCUUUCUCCUCAUUUCCUGCUUGUUUAUGCCAAAAUUUGGUGAUAGUUCACAUUUACAUCUAAAGCUCACUCUUUAAGUUCAUGUCAACGCACCACUAGAACAUCAUUAGCAUCUAAAAACAUCUGUGACUUUCAAACCUGUAGCAUGUUAAUUAUAGAUUUAAACAAAGUCGAGUAAACUGUAAAUUGUCAAAUUAAAUAUUCCAAUAGAAGGAGUGGAAAAUUCUCGAGUGAAAACACUUGUGUCCAGAGAAACGUAAAAGACCUUGCGUAAGGACCCACAGAGUUACGGCCUGGUGAUUCUGGGAUUUGAACGUACGAACUUCUGAUCCUUCUGAUCAGUGGUUUAAUGUUUUAACCAUUACAACUUCCCCCUUUGUGGUACUGUUUUGGAAGACUUUACUCAAGUAUUGAAAGUGAAUACUUUUUCAGGGUCUGUACAAGGUGGUGUCAAAAAGUUUUGAGACUCGCUCUGUUUAAAAGAAAGUAUUUUAUUUUUCUACGUUUACACACUAUCACCUUUAACAUUUUCCCUUUGUACACCAGUACAGCACUCAUACUGUUACUGGCAGUUCUGGAAUGUGUCCUGAAAGUUUUCUUUCAGAAGCGUGUUAAGCACCUUCUGCGAUUCGUGCCGGAUCUCCAUAACAGGAUCUAGGGUAAGGCGAACUUUGAGUGCUGGAUCUUCAUCUUCGGGAAGAGGGCGAAGUCCGCAAGAGCCAAAUCUGGAAAGUAGGGUGGGUGCGCAAAUGAGAUCAUGUAGCUUUUUUCUCCGACGAUCAUCAUGCACAAGUUGCUGAAUGGUUUCAACAUUUUCUGGGGUUUGAGCUCAUUGGAAGUCUUCCUGAUCUCUUGUGAUGUUCAUCCGGUCGUGAAGCUCGUGUGCCGCUUGAAACACCUCGAACGACUCAUUGCAGCGUCGCCGUAUGUCAAAUAUAUGUCAUGUCGAACAUCUCUGUGCUCAGUUUCAUGCAGAAUUUCCCAUUUGCUCUUUGUUCUAACUUGCUGUUCAUGAUGGAAUUGCCGAUGUGGUAACGCACGUGGUCAGAAUCACACCAGUUACCAAGAUGAGUCUCGAAUCCUUUUGAUACCACCUACGUUGCAUUCAUUCGGUUUUUUUUUUAUUUGGAAUUGAAAAACAAACUUUGCAAUUGAAAACACAAAAAUCUUUUUUUGUGUUGUGAGAAAUAAAAUAAAAAUUGGAUCAGUUGCUUUAUUUAUUCUCUCUACAUGUUGAAUCGCACAAAGUGUAUCGCGAUACCAAAUUUGAUCAAUGCCUUCAAGUGCACAAUAUUUCCAAUCUAAAAUCCAAUCCUAUCCUAGAAGUCAAAUAGGAUUUCAAUCAUUUCUUCUUCUUCUUUUGACUUCUCCCAUUAGGGGUCGCCACAGAUGAUCAUCAGUCUCCAUUCAUUUCUUUUAUUUAAAAAAAUGUCCAUUCUGGAGCUAUUUGUGCAAAUACAAAAAUAAUGAGAUACAAACUAGAGCAACACAUUUAGAGAACGCAGACAAUCUCAUAGAUCCCUCAAAUAAGUCCCAUUUCCUGUCUUUUGCUUGUGGUUUAUAAAAAGCACUUAAGUAGUGAUUCCUAAAAAUGUCCUAGCGUGAAACCAGAAUGUUAGGUGAAGCCACUGAUUACGUGCUGAUUGUUGAUUAGUUAUUUUACAUCCGGGUUGUUCAGAGGUACCUGUAUCAUCUGUUUACUUUGAUUUUGAAAACAAUAAAAGAAUAAAUGAAUGGAGUACA